UCUUUCCAAAACUUGUUUCACUGUAAAACGUCAUCGAGUAUUCUCUCUCUAAAACCUCUCGACUUCGGCUCUUAGAAACCUCGCGGGCAUGCACAGCGGUGGAGGCGGAGCACCACCGCCACCAGCGCCGCCUCCGUCCAAUGGCGGCGAGUAUUUGCUACAGUUACUUCAAAAUCCGCACCAUCCCCAAGCGUCUGCGGCGGCGGCGGCACGUACUCCUCAGGCUACGACUAGAGUCCCGGUACCAUCUUCGCCGCUGCAAUCUCUCUCCCUUGAUCCGGCUGUUGCAGCUGUGGGCCCCGCCGUGCCGUUUCCGACCUUGCCGUCCAACGGCUACGAUCUCCCGCAUCCUUGGGCGAAUCCACCCAAUUACUUAAUCCAAGGAUUGGCCCAAAACCCUUGGUCUCCCCAGACUCCUCAAUUUAUUGGUGAGCGCGAAUUGUUGGGCGAAGAUGUUCGGAGAUUAGGGUUUGAUGUGAGAGGGAAAACGGUUCAGCAUCAGCAGCACCACAAGCUCAUGUUUGGUUCUUUCCCUUGCGAAAUUCAGAAUCACGGGGGUUUGGUGAAUGGAAAAUCUUUGGAAAAUCCGAUUCCGGGAGCUAUUAGGGAGCCCUUGGUGGGGAAAUUCGAUGCUUUGAAGAACCACAAAAUGGGUUUAGAUCCAAUUUGGAAUUUGAAUUCGCAUCAUAAUGCAUCUCAACAAGAGCAAGAACGGAGAACUGUUGGUUGGGGAACACACCAGCAAGGUGAGUUUUCGCGGUCCGGCCCGCCACCAGGGUUUCCGAGCAAAGCGAGAGGAGUGGGGAAUUGUGAUUCUGGGAUAUUGAGGAGGGGUUUAGAGGAUAAGGUGAAUAAAGGGAAUGUUACCGCAAAUGAUUAUGAUGAGAAAGUGAGGAGAUUGUCACCUCGACAUGUUGACAAUCAUGGCAAUGCUUCUGCUCAGCUGGGGCUAACUGGGCAGCUUGAACACCCUGGCCCUCUUUUGGCAUCAGAUAUUGAAGAGUGUUUAUUGAAUUUGGGUGCUGAGAUUGAUGGAGUUGGGGAUAGAGUUAGGCAUCAAAAGCAGGGAAUGAGGAGGGAAGGACAAGGAAAUCUAGAUGAUUUGAGUGAAGAGAUGACUGGGUCUUUAGUGCUUGAGGAUGGAUCUCAGGAUAAGAAUGACACGAACCAACACCAUAAUUCUCGCAAUAGGGAUUUCAGAUCAGACACCAGAGGACAGCGGAUGCUUAGCCAGAGAGUGAGGAAUUUAAAAAGGCAUAUGGAAUGUCGCAGAGAUAUAGGCACACUAAAUUUUCGUUUUCUUUCAAUCUAUGAGUCCUUGAUACCAGAAGAAGAAGAAAAGGCAAAGCAGAAGCAGUUGUUGACAUUAUUAGAGAAACUAGUGAGCAAAGAAUGGCCUAAGGCUCAGCUGUUUCUUUAUGGAUCAUGCGCUAACUCAUUUGGGGUUUCUAAAAGUGAUAUUGAUGUUUGCCUUGCAAUUGAUGAUGCUGAUAUUAACAAGUCUGAGUUCUUGUUGAAGUUGGCAGAUAUUUUGCAGUCAGAUAAUCUCCAGAAUGUGCAGGCACUGACACGUGCAAGGGUUCCCAUAGUGAAGCUUAAGGAUCCAGUAACUGGAAUCUCAUGUGACAUAUGCAUAAACAAUGUUUUAGCUGUGGUAAACACGAAGCUUCUCCGGGAUUAUGCACAAAUAGAUGUCAGGCUACGUCAGUUGGCUUUUAUUGUGAAACAUUGGGCCAAGUCAAGAGGAGUCAAUGAGACAUACCAAGGAACCCUAUCUAGCUAUGCGUAUGUUUUAAUGUGCAUUCAUUUCUUACAGCAGCGUAAACCAGCUAUUCUCCCUUGCUUACAGGGAAUGCAGACAACGUACUCCGUCACUGUAGAUGAUAUUCAAUGUGCUUUUUUUGAUCAAGUGGAAAGACUUCGUCAUUUUGGAUCCCACAACAAAGAAAGUAUCGCACAAUUGGUGUGGGCAUUCUUCAACUAUUGGGCAUAUCAUCAUGAUUAUGCAAAUGAUGUUAUAUCUAUUCGUACUGGAAGCAUAAUCAGCAAGCGAGAGAAGGACUGGACAAGGAGAAAAGGGAAUGACCGGCAUUUGAUUUGCAUAGAGGACCCGUUUGAGAUAUCACAUGAUCUGGGUCGAGUGGUGGACAAGUUCAGCAUAAAAGUCCUGAGGGAGGAAUUUGAACGUGCUGCCUAUAUAAUGCAGUAUGAUCCUGAUCCAUGUGUGACGCUUUUUGAACCCUACGUCCCAGCUUGACUUGUCCCUUGCUUUGCUUGAGGUUGGUUUAGAUGUAAUUAUGGUAAGAUUUUAUCAGCAUGUAUAGCCCCUUCCAAGCUUUUAUGUUAUUGUUAUAUAGCAUGUAUUUCAGGUUUUGGUGUUCAUGCCAGAUCUUCUCCCCGGAUGUAAAAGGAAGAACACUGGUUUAUGUAACCUUCUCUGUAAUCUGUCAUUACAGUUUUUCAUGCUUUGGACAUGUACUGAGAUCCAUUGUCAAAACUUUUGGGUUUCUGGAUUCUCAAGUAUGUCUUCUAAGAGUUGAUCUAUUGAGAUAGUUGAGUAAAUAAAUAAAGUAAUUUGACCACA